CAGGGAGUGUACGGCACAGAAGCAACAUCAGGUGAGGAACGUAAGGUCUUCUGGAUCGAAAUAGCAGCUGCUUGAGAUGGGUCCUCCUGUUUUUAAGAUCUUUCUCUUCGUGGGAGUCGUGUUACCAUACGGAUCAUGGUGUCUGCCAACCACUACGACUGUGAACUGUGCUGGCGGAUCCAAUUUCCAACUGGGGGAAAUAGACGAAGACUAUGAAGGUGAGGUGGAGAUCUUGCAGGGGAUUCCUCCAGGUGAGAAUCUGGAGCUGGAGGCCUAUCUGUUUCCCACUGGAGUCACGUUUCUGCAGCUGGACUAUACCGUCGGGAACCCAACCGCCGUGGUCAGAACAAAAAGGCCGCUGGAUGCAGACGCUCUUGAAGGUGGUGGACUCUUAACCUAUGCCGUAAAAUGUAGGUUAGGGAUGAAGAACACUCGCGAACUAAAUGUCAGAGACAAGAAUGACAAUCCACCAGUCUUUCAGCAAACACAGUACACUGACACAGUCUCUGAGACACUGGGUGUGGACUCGCCAGUGCUGACGGUGAAGGCGGUGGAUGCUGAUGUCACUGAUGCCAACAACCGAUUGACUUACUCCAUCCAGGCUCCCGUGCCGAGUGUCUUUGAGAUGAGGGCCGACGGGCUGAUUCUGGUGAAGGAACGCCUAAACUACAACAAGGGCAAUCACUACACAUUCACAGUGGAAGCACGGGACCCUCAUGGCCUCUCAGACACUGCGACUGUGACGGUCGACGUGACAGACUUUGACAACUUGAACCCUUACUUUGAUCACAGUCUCUAUGAGGCCACCAUAGCAGAGAAUCAGGGGGGACCUUUGCCUUCAGUCCAGCCAGCAGCCAUAAAGGCCCAAGAUGGCGACACGGGCAUCAACAUGGCCGUCAACUACAGCAUCACAGCAGUGGCCCCAAGCAAGUACCAGGCUAACUUUGCCAUGGAUGCGGUUUCUGGAAUCAUAAGUGUGACAACCCCACUGGAUCGAGAAGAAGUAUCAUCCAUCAAUGUUCAGAUAAAGGCCGCACAGCAGGAUGACAGCUUCAAAACUGCCAACGCCAUGGUAGUGGUUAACAUUGAGGACGUCAAUGACAAUGCCCCGCAAUUUAACAAGCCUGACUACUCCGUGGCCAUUCUGGAAAAUUCUCCGGCGGACUCCUUCGUGCUGCAGGCCAAAGUCACAGAUGAAGACCUGGGAGGAUUUGUUGGAACAAUCCGGCUCAUUCCAGACUCUGUGCCUUUUGCUGUGAGCCAAGAUGGCACCAUCACGGUGAAUACCUCGGCUGAUCUGGAUCGGGAGACUACCACCAGUAUCCAGUUUCAGGUUGAAGCAAGAGAGGACGCUCCUCCCAAUACCGCAGUGACUGCAAAUGUGCACAUCAACCUUUUGGAUGUGAAUGAUAACAGUCCCCAGUUUGGUGAUGCCAAGUAUGAGGGCAAAGUCUUCGCCAAUCAGACUGCUGGAAUGCUGGUUGUCAAGAUUGAGGCUUCAGACCCAGAUGAAGGUGUGAAUGGAUUGAUGACUUACUUCAUUGCCGGUGGCAACCAGGAUGGCUACUUUGCUAUCGGUGAAGACACUGGGGAGAUCACCUUGGUGAAGAUCAUCCCACUGGAAGAGAACAAAGUCCUACAGUUCUCCCUGUAUGUGACCGCCAAAGAUGGUGGCGACAUCUCCCGGGCAUCCUCUGUGAUUGUGGACAUCCUGGCCCAGGACAACAGGCUCCAGUUUCUUCAGAAAACCUAUCACUCCAGCGUGGAUGAAGAGAUGGAUGGUAUUGUGGAGGUUGUUAAAGUAAGAUUCCACUCUGAUGGUCCAGUGCCACAGGUGGUAACUGAAGGUGACAAGUUCUCCAUAGACGCCAAUGGUGUGCUGUCUACUAAGGUCAAGCUAGACUAUGAGACCAAGGCGAACUAUAGCGUCCGUCUGUCUCUGUCCGAUGGCACUGAACAUGACGAGGCGGUGGUGGAGGUCGAGGUCCAGGACGUCAAUGACAACAGCCCCGUGUUUGCGACCAGCUCAGUCACCAUGAAUGUUAACGAGGACAUUGAGGUAGGGGAGAACAUCACCACGGUGACGGCCUCAGACGCUGACUCGGGGUACAACGGAGAGGUUCGCUACAUUCUGCAAGGUGGCGCGGGGAGGUUCAGCGUGAAUGGCGAGUCAGGCGUUAUCUCUCUUGCCGAACCCCUCGACAGGGAACAGCAGAACGAGUUCCACGUCAAGGUCAUCGCCAUGGACCAGGGUCGGCCCUCUCGCUCGGCGACCGCCACCGUGGUCAUCCAGGUGCUGGACGUCAACGACAACGAGCCAGUCUUCUCCUCGCCGCAGUACUACCUCACCGCCUCGGAGCAGGACGAGCCUGGCACUCUGCUGGCCACCCUGACGGCGACGGACAAGGACGUGGGGACAAACGCUGAGUUCACAUACCGCAUCGCCAAGGUGGAGCCGUCCUUGGAGUCCCCUCCAUUCACACUGGACCCCGUCACUGGAGCGCUGACGCUGGCCCGGAGACUGGACUACGGUGACGGCACGCGCUACACCCUUGCGGUGGAGGCGGUGGACAAGGGUACACCGACCAUGACGGGGAACUCCACGGUGACGGUGCAGGUGGAGGACGUGAACAACAACCCGCCGGAGUUUAGCCGCGAACGCUACGACGUGGCCGUGCCCGAAAACCUGGCUGGAGGAGCCGUCCUGGUGUCCCUGGAGGUCACAGACAAGGAUAAGGGUGGCUUCUCUAAUGGAUAUUUUGUCAUGACCAGCGAUACCUUCAGCAUCAACAAAAUGGGCGCCAUCUCCCUUAACAGUGAUGCCACUCUGGACAGAGAGAAGCAGGACAGCUAUGUUCUACAGGUCACGGCAGUGGACCAGCCAGUGGACGGCCUGAACACGACGGCCCAGGUGAACAUCACCGUCACGGACAUCAACGACAACAACCCCGAGUUCCUGCCGCUCCCCUCACCCAUCUCCGUGGCCGAGGGCAAGUACACGGAUGUCGCCCUGGGAGUCGUGUGCCAGAUCCAGGCUGAGGACAGGGACGCCGGGGAGAACGGCCACGUCAACAUCUCCACGUCGUCCUACACAGACACCUUCACUUUCACCGAGGACGGUACUCUCGUGGCUCGGGCUGAGCUGGACAGAGAGACGAAGGACUCCUAUGACCUGGUCAUCAUCGCCACUGACAACGGCAAACCCCAGAGACAGACCGUCACCAACAUCAGGGUCUCAGUCACUGAUGUGAAUGACAACGCCCCGGUGUUCAGCAUGGACACAUACAGUAAAAAUAUCCUGUCCACAGACAGCAAAGAGGGAGACCUGGUGCUGACUGUGACAGCAACAGAUAAGGAUGCUGGCAACAACUCUGUCGUCACAUACAGUUUUGCAUCUGGUGGCUCGGAAUACCUGAGCCUCAAUAGUAAAACUGGUGACAUCACAUUGACCUCUGACCUCUCCAAUGUAACAAAAGACACGCUGCUGAACCUCACAGCCAAAGCUAAGGACCAUGGGACAACCCCACUCUCUUCUACAGCCACCAUCCUCAUCUACAUCCGGACUGUGAGCCUGGAUGAGGGUCUGACCUUUGCGAGCCCCACCUACAACUUCAGUGUUGCGGAGAACAAACCCAAAGGCAGCGAGGUGGGCACUGUCAUGGCCUCGUCUGGAAGCUCUCUCGUCGAUGUCAGCUACAAUCUGAAGACGCACACGGAUCUGUUCUCUGUGAACACCGCCGGUUCCGUCCGCACUCUGGUGGAACUGGACAAGGAGGAAAAGGAGUUCUACGUCAUCUCUGUGGAGGCCACUGACACCAGGGUUCCCCCUAGCACCGCCCUGGCAGUGGUGACGGUUCAGGUGGAAGAUGUGAAUGAAGUGCCAGUGUUUGACAGUGACCCCUACACUACAGAGAUCUUCAGCAUUGCCCCGUUCAAGGACUCUGUUGUUAAAGUCAAGGCCACAGAUCCUGAUGUGGGGGAGACACUGAGUUACUCUCUGGUGAAGCCCAGCUCCAUGUUUGCUGUAGAGCCCUCUAGUGGUCAGGUGUAUGUAGUGUCAGUAGCUGGUGAGAGUGGGAUUGUGAGCCUGCAGGUGAAGGUAGAAGACCAUCAGGGACUCUAUGCUACAACAACUGUGGAGGUGACCGUAAAGGAAAGUAGAGAGGACAAUGUUGUGGUCAUCUCUCUUAACCAGCCAAUCAACGUAGUGGAGGAGAAAACAUCAGAGUUGGAGAAGUCGUUGGAGAGAGUCUUGGACUGGACAGUGAGGGUAAUCAGUGUUGCCAAUAGCAACGGCGAGGCUACUGACCGUCGUUCACUCAGCAGUAGCGGGGUCAGGACAUAUGUUAGCUUUGUUGCCAUGGACGCCAGCGGUACCAUCAUGUCUGCCAAGGAGGUCCAGAACAAGCUUAAAGAUGAGGAGGAGAAGGUUCAGGCUGAGCUGGAGACGGUGUUUGGCACUGGGUUGGAGCACCAGGUGGAGAAAGGCCCAGGGGGAAACGGGUCAGACUCAAUGGUGGUCAUCCUCACCCUCGGGAUCCUGUUCGGGCUGACCAUUGUGGCACUUGUAGUUGUUGUGACUGUCUCAGUGAUAAAAUUUAGGAAAAUAAAAAAAGACAUUGGACAUUCAGAUAAGGAAUCUUUCCACAUCGAAAACAAGAUGUCUAAAUCUUCAUCAAGUUCAGAUGAAAAUGAGCCUGCAGAAAAUAGUGAGAGAACCCCACAAAGUCAGACUAAAGCACCAUAUGAAUCCAAAGAGCUGACAUAUGGAGUGGUCUUAAAGAAAGAGAACAAGGACAUGUCAGCGUCACAGGACUCCAACGACCAUGAAGAAGACGGGGAAGUGGUGUCAUCUCUUUAAAUGACUCUUUUCACAAACUCUCUUUUCACACACACACACACACACACACACACACACACACACACACAAUACAAAGGAUUGCUGCCUUCUUGUCCUCUUAUCACGUGUAUGAAUUCCUUCAUACAUGUGCUAUAUUUUUUUAAAUAUUGUAUUGGUCUGCACAUCUAAUGAUUGCCUGAAAGACUCACUCCUAGCAGAAUACACAAGCACUGUGUUAAUGUGAACAUCUAUCUAUUAACGACAUAAACGUCUGUUCGUCUGACUGAUAUUUA